UUAUUUCACAAUUAAAUGACGGGCAGUAAAAUUCUGUCAAAGUACACACACAACUCAAUUCAACGGGAUGUGGAUGGAGCAGAACUACAGUGUAAGCGGAUGACCAACAGAAGUUCAUCUUCAGAUGUUGAUUGUGUCCAUGACAAGACAUGGCGUGUUCAUUCUGCUCCAGGAUACAAUUACGAGAACACCAGUGAUGUCGUCACAUUAUUAUGUCGUCAUACCUCACCUGUCACAGUGACGUGUAACGCAUAUCGCAUCAUCAUUUGUGUCGUGGGCUUCCGAGCAGCACACAGACCAGGAGGCUCAUCCGAUACAUUCAGCAUGGACGUCAGGAAUAUUCUUGUACUGUUGGUCUUACUGGAUGCAGUUUACAGUCGUCCGGCCCUUGUCGGUCACCCGUACCAAGACGUUAGCGUCGUGUUGGAAGGACUGGACUUCGACAACGAUGGAAUUAUUUCCUCCGGCGAGAUGUACCAAUAUUAUAAAAGCCUUGAUAUCAACAAUGAUGGAACGGUGACCUACGAGGAGUUCGCAAAAAGUAGCGAUCAAAAUGAUAAUCAGCAGAUGUUUGCCUACUUCGACGUGCUCGAUGGACGACGCGACAACCGCAUUUCCCGACGCAAAAUUGCGGCUGCCCUCCAGCAACUGUAUGACCUCAACUACGAUGGAUCCAUCACGACCUCGGAAAUAGACAUUGUGCGGAAAAGAAAAAGGCCUUAUUGGAAAGUUUAUUAGUCAAAACAUGUUUUCACUUCCGUGAAUGAAAGCGCCAGAAGUUCGGGAUUGCAGGUGCUUUACACGAGAUCCACUGACCUUCCAAAAACUGUUUAGACUAUUAACCUCUUCUUUCAGUGAAACUAUUACCAGCUCUUAAUACACCGUAGUCAGAACCUUUUUUAUGAAUUUUUUAAAAUGUUAUUCGAAGAAACAGAACAAUUUGAUUUGAAAACUUUAUACACAAUCCUGUCGAUGGAUGACACAUUCACGGCUUGUAUGAGUCUGCGGUGGUUAGGGCUCAGACUGCAUCUACAACAGGACUUGAACCUCAACCCUUUCAUUUUACUAGAGGCGUGGUUUACCACCCCAUCCCCCACCUGUCUGCUAUUAUUAUUUAUUGUCGUGAUCACACGUUGUCAAAGGUUAUACUUAAAAAGAAAUAAAUUUUAACAAAAUUAUAAAAAAAACUGGA